AUGGUGAGUAUUUUACCACUGUAAUACUUGAGUAAUAUUCAUUGAAGUUGCAUGUUGUUGCAGUUCGCCAAUCUUUAUGAAAUUGUGAACAAGCGUCCUGUUGACAACGCCAUUGUUGACAACACUGAAGUUUUAGAAUCGCAGUAAUUGCAAUUCAUCAUAGUACAUAUUGCUAUUUAACUGGCGAAAUAUCCAUGUUCGAUAUAUAAAGCUUAACUUGUCGUAUUAUAGGUCUACCACAAUUCAGAUAUUUGAUUGUAAUCGUGACUUGUAUUCAGCCCGAUAACUCUUUCGACAUUUUAUUAAAUUUAUACGUGAAUUGUUCUAAUCGAGCUUCUAAUUAAAUUCCAUCAAUUCGAAAAUCGUUGCAUUUUGUAGCAUAUUUACUACCGUUUUAAAAAUCCACGUAGAAAGCUUAUAGAGAUUAAAAUAUUAGUUCAGUUGGCUUGUGAGUUGUGAAGACACUGGCAUAUUAUUUUAAUGCCUUUGAUAAAAUUUUUUAGAAUUUUUAAUCCUUCUAAAUAUUUGUGUAAGAAAAUUCUUACUUUUGAACUUUGUAGUUGCAAUAAAAUCGUUGUAAAGAAAUCUUUGCUUUGGAAAUUAAUAUUGAGUUUAAAGCAGGUGCAAAUUUGGUGAUGAAAGUUUGAUUUAGAAGUUUCUACAAGCAAUUAAAACGAGAAUUUGUCGUUUAAGAUUGUCGUUAAGAACGUUUGUGAAACUGUAGGAAUUGGAAUUUUAGGGCGUGAACUAUUAAAAUUUACGAUUAUACAGCAUUUGAGCAUUAUAAAACGUAGUUAAAUAAUUUGUAUUGUUAUAACUAACAUUUGUUUCUAUGGAUUUACAAGAAACUGAAAUAAAAUUCCUUUGGUAAACUUUGAAAGCAAGUUUUUUGUUAAUUUGUCCUGUCUUUGGUCAAAUUAUGACAAUACUUAUUAUUCUUCACAAUACUUGUUUUUAUUUUAGGACUAUGGCAGAAUAAUUUUAAAAACAGAUGUCUUUUAAUUAAUCUGAUAGCAAUUUUAUAGGAGUAUCCUUACUUUUCAUGAAAGACCUUUUAUUUUUUUAAAAAAAUAUUGCUUACUCUAUUAAUGGAAUAAAAAAUUAAUGAAUUCAUGCUUGGUUAGAAAUUGUGUUUUUAUUUUCAUAUUUAUUACAGUUUAGCAUGCUGCUAUAUUUGUGCAGACUGUAUUAUACUCAAGCCCACAAAUCAUGUUGUGGAAUGGCAUGCAGAAUGGGGUGGGGUUGGGAGGAUUAGGGUUGGGUUAGAGUUGGGUUAGAGUUGGGUUAAGUUUAUUAGGUUGGGGUGGAGUAAUGUCUCAAAAUAUGUCUUCGUACUCAAUCUGAAUGCUAUUCCACAUGGACGUUCUCAGCCUUUUACAUUUAUAUUUUUAUUUUAUUCCACUUAUUUUAUUAUGUAGGCUGAUCAACUGACUGAAGAACAAAUUGCUGGUAAUUGAAACAUUUUGUAGACAUAUUGUAACAAAAUACUAUUUUGGUAUAAGUAUAUGUUUUGAUAAAAGCUUUUUGUUGACCUGGUGUGUUAUGUUUACCAUUGUUAGAAUUCAAAGAAGCGUUCAGUUUAUUUGACAAAGAUGGUGAUGGAACUAUCACAACAAAAGAAUUAGGCACGGUCAUGAGGUCACUUGGACAAAAUCCAACAGAAGCUGAAUUGCAAGAUAUGAUUAACGAAGUAGAUGCUGAUGGUUAGGAGCACUUAUACCUUUGAUCAUUCUGUCAUUCAACCCAAGGUUUAUUAGCCUUGUUUUUCUUCCAGAAACUUCAUGAUCUUUUAUACAAUUCUAGGAAAUGGAACAAUUGACUUCCCAGAAUUCUUGACCAUGAUGGCACGUAAAAUGAAGGAUACGGAUAGUGAAGAAGAAAUCCGUGAAGCAUUCCGUGUGUUUGAUAAAGACGGCAAUGGCUUCAUUAGCGCAGCUGAAUUGCGUCAUGUGAUGACAAAUCUUGGUGAGAAAUUAACCGAUGAAGAGGUUGAUGAGAUGAUCAGAGAGGCUGAUAUUGAUGGUGAUGGACAGGUUAACUAUGAAGGUAACAAAUCAGGCAUAAAUUUUAAUAACCAACAUUGAUUUUUUGUUUAUCUUUUGACAAUGAACACAUCUAUCUGCAAAGGAACUGAUUUUAAUUGUCAAAAAUUUGAAAGUGUUCAAUUAACAUUUGUUAUCUUCAAUAACUCCCAGUAUUUUUUCUAAUUUAGCUCAGCAGAAAUUUACUUUCUUAGAAAUUUACUUUUUCAUUGUUGUAAUUCUAAUUGGAUAUUAAUUAAAGAGUUCUAAUUGGAUAUUAAAAUAGUUAUAUGUAAUAUAGUGGAUUAUCCAAUAGCUCUAUAGAAUUUGUUAAUUGGGAAGUGGUAUUAAUAUGGAUUUAUGCACAAGAAAUUUUCUUCCUUAAUUAAAGUACAUUUGAGCCAAAUGUUUUACAUUUACAUAAAAUGUGCAAUUAAUACAAUGCAAUACAGAUCAAUAUACAGAUAACAUAUUAAUACAGUACUAUGAAUAACAAAGUUAUAUUUAUAUUAUUUCAAUAAGAAUAUUUAUAUGUCCUGUUCAUAUUUCUUGUCUAUUGUGAUCCCAUCAACUUGACAAAUUCUAAAAAGUUGAAAUAGCUAUGAUCAAUUUGCAUUCUAAAUUUUUCUGUUUGCAGAAUUUGUGAAAAUGAUGACCUCCAAGUAA